AUGACGAGCGAGGAUGGAUUAGCAUCAUCGAGACCUGCGUCUCGUGGCCACCUUCCCCCGAGCAUGCUGCAUCCUGUCGCCCAGCAACAUGCCGGCGGCCAACCUGCAGCUGCUGCAACCGUUGUCUCGUACACCUCCAUCACCGGCGAACCGGUCAGCCGCCAGGACACCGAUGGCGGCGGCGGCGGCGACGACGACGACGACGGCGGCGACGAAAACUUUCUCCUGCACAAGAUGCAGUAA